GCGUGCUGGUCACCAUGACAACAGAGGCAGGUCCCGAUUCUGAGGUGAAGAAAGCUCAGGAGGAGGCCCCACAGCAGCCUGAGGCCGUGGCUGCAGCUGCUGUGACCACCCCGGUCACCCCCGCAGGCCACGGCCACCCAGAGGCCAACUCCAAUGAGAAGCAACCAUUCCAGCCGGACACUCGGCCUGCUGAACAGAGCCUAGACAUGGAGGACAAAGACUUCUGUGAGGCUGAUGGCCUGUCAGAGAGGACCACGCCCAGCAAGGCCCAGAAAUCACCCCAGAAGAUUGCCAAGAAGUUCAAGAGUGCCAUCUGCCGAGUCACUCUGCUUGAUGCCUCUGAGUAUGAGUGUGAGGUGGAGAAGCACGGCCGCGGCCAGGUACUGUUUGACCUGGUCUGUGAACACCUCAACCUCCUGGAGAAGGACUACUUCGGCCUGACCUUCUGCGAUGCUGACAGUCAGAAGAACUGGCUGGAUCCCUCCAAGGAAAUCAAGAAGCAGACCCGGAGCAGCCCCUGGAAUUUUGCCUUCACAGUCAAGUUCUACCCCCCUGACCCUGCUCAGCUGACAGAAGAUAUCACUAGGUACUACCUGUGCCUGCAGCUGCGGGCAGACAUCAUCACAGGCCGGCUGCCCUGCUCCUUUGUCACACAUGCUCUGCUGGGCUCCUAUGCUGUGCAGGCUGAGCUGGGUGACUAUGAUGCAGAGGAACAUGUGGGCAACUAUGUCAGUGAGCUCCGCUUCGCCCCUAACCAGACCCGGGAGCUAGAGGAGAGGAUCAUGGAGCUGCACAAGACAUACAGGGGCAUGACCCCAGGAGAAGCUGAGAUCCACUUCCUAGAGAAUGCCAAGAAGCUUUCCAUGUAUGGAGUUGAUCUGCACCAUGCCAAGGACUCCGAGGGCAUCGACAUCAUGCUAGGUGUCUGUGCCAAUGGCCUGCUCAUCUACCGGGACCGGCUGAGGAUCAACCGCUUCGCCUGGCCCAAGAUCCUGAAGAUUUCCUACAAGAGGAGUAACUUCUAUAUCAAGAUUCGACCUGGGGAGUAUGAGCAGUUUGAGAGCACCAUUGGCUUCAAGCUCCCAAACCACCGGUCAGCCAAGAGGCUGUGGAAGGUCUGCAUCGAGCACCACACGUUCUUCCGGCUGGUGUCUCCAGAGCCCCCACCCAAGGGCUUCCUGGUGAUGGGCUCCAAGUUCCGGUACAGCGGGAGGACCCAGGCCCAGACCCGCCAGGCCAGUGCCCUCAUCGACAGGCCCGCACCUUUCUUCGAGCGCUCCUCCAGCAAGCGGUACACCAUGUCCCGCAGCCUAGACGGAGCAGAGUUCUCCCGCCCAGCCUCGGUCAGUGAGAACCACGACACAGGGCCAGACAGUGACAAGCGGGAUGAAGAUGCUGAGUCUGGAGGGCGGCGGUCAGAGGCAGAAGAAGGAGAGGUCAGAACUCCCACCAAGAUCAAGGAGCUAAAGUUCUUGGACAAGCCAGAGGAUGUCCUGCUGAAGCACCAGGCUAGCAUCAAUGAGCUCAAGAGGACCCUGAAGGAGCCCAACAGUAAACUGAUCCACCGGGAUCGUGAUUGGGAGCGGGAGCGCAGGCUGCCCUCCUCGCCUGCCUCUCCCUCCCCCAAAGGCACCCCUGAGAAAGCCAAUGAGAGAGCGGGGCUGAGGGAGGGCUCGGAAGAGAAAGCCAAACCUCCACGUCCUCGGGCCCCAGAGAGUGACACUGGAGAUGAGGACCAGGACCAGGAGAGGGACCCCGUGUUCCUGAAGGAUAACCAUCUGACCAUUGAGCGCAAGUGCUCCAGCAUCACGGUCAGCUCUGCAUCCAGCCUGGAGGCUGAGGUGGACUUCACAGUUAUUGGCGACUACCACGGCAGCGCCUUCGAAGACUUCUCCCGCAGCCUGCCCGAGCUGGACCGCGACAAAAGCGACUCCGAAACCGAGGGACUGGUGUUCUCUCGGGAUCUUAAGGGGCCCUCAAGCCAAGAUGAGGAGUCUGGGGGCAUCGAGGACAGCCCAGAUCGAGGGACCUCUUCCACCCCUGAAAUGCCCCAGUUUGAGCCUGUAAAAGCAGAAACUAUGACUGUCAGCAGUUUGGCCAUCAGAAAGAAGAUCGAGCCAGAGGCCGUACUUCAGAGCAGAGUCUCCACUAUGGAUAGUGCCCAGCAGGCUGAUGGGAGUGCUGUACUGGGGAAAGACUUCAUGACAGCUCCCCCCUCCAUUACCACGGAGACCAUAUCGACCACCAUGGAGAACAGUCUCAAGUCCGGGAAGGGGGCAGCUGCCAUGAUCCCAGGCCCACAGACGGUGGCCACGGAAAUCCGUUCUCUUUCUCCGAUCAUCGGGAAAGAUGUCCUCACCAGCACCUACGGCGCCACCGCGGAGACCCUCUCAACCUCCACCACCACUCAUGUCACCAAAACUGUGAAGGGAGGGUUUUCUGAGACCAGGAUUGAGAAGCGAAUCAUCAUUACUGGCGAUGAAGAUGUUGAUCAAGACCAGGCUCUGGCAUUGGCCAUCAAAGAGGCCAAGCUGCAGCAUCCUGACAUGCUGGUAACCAAAGCUGUCGUAUACAGAGAAACAGACCCAUCCCCAGAGGAGAGGGACAAGAAGCCACAGGAAUCCUGACCUCUGUGAAGAGAUGCUGGUGUGUCUUGGUCAACCCAAGCCAGAGAACCAUUAAGAAGGGGCCUUCGUUCUGGAUUCUCCAACACAACACUGCUGUCCCAGCUGCGACAUACUGUCACAGAUGAGAGACUGGGAAGGGAAAAGCAUAUAUAUAUAGAUAUAUAUAGAUAUAGAUAUAUAUACAGGAAACACCGCGUCCUUGCACUUGCUGCUGGGGCUGGCGGAGCAGUCAGCUGACGGCAUCACCCAACAUCUGCCACAACCUACAUUUCCUUUGCAGACAAAUUGAAGAAUUGGUGGGGUUUUGUUUUUGUUUUUGUUUUGUUUUUCAGGAAAAAAAAUAUAUAUAUAGCAACCAUACUCCCUUUGCUCCCCCUUUCCCCUGCUGAACCACAAAAGCAGACCACAAUGAUGGUAGAAAUCCCAUUCAACCCAGGGUGUACACGGUCCAGUUCAGUGGACAGCGCUGUGUUCUCCAGUCUGCUGCCCCCUAGAGUGCAAAGGAAAAUGAUCAUACAGCCAAGCAAGAGAGGUCGCAGCGGCAAGACACACACACACAGGUCAUCUGUUUUCUGAGAAAGCAAGGAAAACAAGAAAAGAAAAGCAAGAAAGAAA